AUGAGCGCACCAGCCUAUUACGAGCUUUACCGGAGGUCUACCGUAGGUGCUACCUUGACCGAUGCUUUGGAUACGUUGAUUCUGGAUGAAAAAAUCCAGCCACAGUUGGCCAUGAGAAUUCUUGCCAAUUUUGACAGGAUCAUUUCCGAGAAUUUGAAGUUGGAGAAUAACAUCGCCAAGUCUCGGCUUACUUUCAAAGGCGUAUUGUCGACAUAUAACUUCUGUGACGAUGUGUGGACAUUUAUCAUCAAGAAUGUGUUGAUCAAGAUGAGCGAUGUUUCGGCCAAUGUGGAUAGCGAGAUCACGGUAGACAAGUUUAAGAUCGUCGCUUGUAACUCCAAAAGAGCCGGUGACAUCUGA